AGAGAGGUGGGUGCAAAACAUGCUUAAGUAAUAAAAGACACACAGCAGGAAAUGCAACACUUUGGGACUGGGUGAGUGUGAGUGGCUGCUGAGACAAAGCAAAUCAAAAGUAACCGGAACAACAACACGAUGAAGAUCUUUCUUCUACUCAUCCUUUCAUUGAUCACAGGCUGUGAGGCAUCAUCUGAAGUACAAGGAUGCCUUAAAGGAUGGUUUGAAUUCAACUGCACAAAUUCUGACCCAAAAGUACAAAUUAUUGUACAUAGGCCCAAACACAAUCCCACAAAAAACAACCCAGGGGAUAGAUGUGAAAAAGACAAGAAAUUUUGCCUGUACCGUGAUAAAUUAAAUAAAAAUCUCACGGUGGUUGUCAACAAACUCGAACCCCGUGACUUUGGGGAUUAUUGGUGUAAAAUUGGCAAGUCAUUACAUAAAAUAGAACUUGAUGAUGACAAGCGUGGUUGCCAGACAAAGCUUUUUCAAACCGUUUGGGAAACAGCUACAACCAACUUCACGUGUGACAGAAUAAAAACCUCCAGUGUUACUUUUCUCUGUAAAGAAGAUGGUUUCAAGUGUACAGAAAUGAUAUGGACAGUGUCUACUACAGUGUCAAAUGAAAAGUUUACGCUCACAGUCAGCCCACGGGUCUUCACCAUAGAGAUCAGACAAGUUUCUGUACAGGACGCUGGAGUCUACUGGUGUGGACUAAGAUCAAACGGUGCAGGUCGAUAUCACCGAACUGCACUCAAAGAAAUACAGCUGGAGGUUCAAAAUAUACCAACCAACACAACAUCAGCAGCUGUUGGACAGACUCUAACAUACUCCUGCCAGUACGAAGGCUCCGUACCCAUUAAGAAAUUUGUCUGUAAGGGAGAAGAAAAAUCUAAAUGUGAACGCCAAGUGGACACCCAAAGGUCACAAAAUGAGAGGUUUUCCAUCAAAGAUGAUCGAAAAAAUAAAAUCACCAUAACAUUGAAACAUUUAACAAGAGAAGAUACUGGGAUUUACUGGUGCGGAGCAGAGAGCACCCGCCCGCGGACGAGCGACCAGUUCUUCCACAAACUUGUGUUGACUGUCGAGUCUCCACCUUCAACAACACCGUGCAUCCACCCGAGGACUCAUUCUUCUACUCCAUAUUCUACCUCCUCUACCCAGUCAACCACUGCGUCUGUUGAGAGAGAGAAUGUCUCUUGGUUAAUUGGAGUCAUUGCUGCUGUCACAUGUGUGGCUGUGACGGGACUUCUCGUCUUCAUCUGUAGACGUGUCGAGGGUUUAAAGAACACAGCAAAUGAAGGAGCUGAGAAUGAGGAUCACUGCUAUGCAGAGAUACAAGAGCUCCCCCAGAAGUCAGACUCAGGAACUGCACCAAAAACGGUCUAUGCCACCACCAGCUUUAGCCUCACGCCCUACUCCGUGGUCCAGCUUCCAAACAGCUGUGGUGACAUGUGGUCCACAGUGACAGGCGACGAGCAGGCUCCCACCUACUCCACUGUCAAUGAGCCACCCACGCUCACUGACACCGCCGUUUGUUACACCCACAACAAACCACAGCAGCAAUGAGGAAGCUAAGAUGUUUUUAUAUAUUUAUAAGUGUUUCUUCAGAGGAACAGAAACAGCAGAAACUAUCCUUCUAUAUCAGCUGAGUUUCAUGUUCCUUUUCCUUAUGAAGAAACUUGGAUUGUGCUUUGAAUAGAUGUUUAUUACUAUCAUGCUUCACUGUAAACCAUCAGCUGGUGGAGCCUGGAGACAAAGACAAAUGCAAAUGUGAAAUAUUCGAUUAGAGUCGAUAAAAUUGGCUUUUAUAUAGUUUAAUAUUGGCAGGGACUUAAGUAUUUGAGUAAUUUCAACUCAUUCUUCAUAUUAGUUUAGUUUUGUGGAUUAGAACAUUUGCAGGAAGAAGAAGAAGAAGCUUGACCAGAGUUUAUUUGACCUAAUAAGCGUUGACGCAUCUCUAUUUACUCCAGUAUUUCAUAAAAUAAUAUCUGUUAAAAUAGAAAAAAAACCUAACUCAACUGGUACACAACACAAAAUGCAUGUUAGAUUGUGUUUAUUUCAUAUCAGGUGUGGUAGGAUGUUUUGGCCGAUAAGGGGGUUAAAUCAACAGAACUGUUAUUCGGGACUUUAAACUCUGGAGGACAGCAUUUAACAUCGUCUCAUCGUCUGUCUUUUGUCUCCUUCACUUGGACGAUGCAGCCUUGACUGUUGAGACACAGACUUAGAAAAAGCUUCUACUUAAGAAUAAGUUCACCACUUUGUCUCGGUGUUAAACCGCUAUUACUGACGGGAAGAUUAAGUUUGUAAAUGACUUACGACCAUGCACCAAAACUAUUAACUCCUAACUAAAUAGAAAAAUGUCACCGAUGGAGGCAGCAGUGGAUCAACAGCUUCUGUGAGCCGUGAUGUAAAAUUGCACAUUUUUGCUGGUGUAGAGGGGAGUGAAUAGUUUAUAAAUCUUAAGUGUCAAGUGUCAGUUUCCAAACAGAGAAGUCUGUCUUACAGGUGAAUGUGAAGAGACUAACACGUUGUUAAGAUAUCGUAGACUUAGUCAGAUGUAGAUUUUAUUGGGUUAGCCCUUUUUUUCAAUGAUCCUUCAACCCAUGAUAAUCCAGAUGAUGGUUCUCUUGUACAGCUGAUUCAUUUCCUUAUUACGAAUAAAAUAUUUGGUGAUUCACAAA